AUGGCAACUACUCGUGUAAUUCAAAAAACCCGCGAUUCGAAUCUCAUCGCUCUCGAGGCUUUGCCUCAUAGCCUGUCAGAUACAGGUUCACCUUUGGGUCCUGAAAGUUUUCCGUUGUUGGAGAAAUGGAACCAGCCUCGCGUCAAUAUUCAUCGAACCUUUGCAACAUUCUGGUCAUUCCUAGUCAUGGGUGCGAAUGACGCAGCCUAUGGUCUAGAAUCAUACUACCAUCUAUCGUACACGGUUGUGUCUCUCGUUUUCUUGUCACCUCUAGUAGGCUAUACAGUCGCCGCUUUUCUCAAUCACCGCAUCCACUAUACGUUCGGUCAACGUGGUGUGGCCAUUAUCGGGCCAGCGUGCCAUCUCAUUGCCUAUAUUAUCAACUGCAUUCAUCCACCGUAUCCAGUACUAGUGGUCGCAUUCAUCUUUGCAGGGUUGGGAAAUGGCCUAGAGGAUGCUGCAUGGAAUGCAUGGAUUGGUAACAUGGCUAAUGCAAAUGAGGUGCUGGGAGUGUUGCAUGGCAUCUAUGGAGCUGGUGCAGUUAUGAGUCCGUUGGUCGCAACGUCAAUGAUUGCUAAGGGUGGCCUGCCGUGGUAUUACUUUUAUUAUGUCAUGGUUGCAUGUGCGGCCAUCGAAUUGGUGGUUUCUGGUGCAUGCUUCUGGAAAUCAACCGCCGCCGAUUUCCGCACAUCCAAUAUACCCUCAUCUGACGAGACCAAAAAAGGUGGCUUGAGAGAUGCACUCUUCAAGCGCCCUGCUGCCCGGGUAACCUGGCUCUGCGCAUUGUUCCUGCUGGGAUACGUGGGAGUAGAGGUUGCGCUGGGAGGGUGGAUUGUUACUUUUAUGAUCCGAGUUCGGCAAGGUAGUGCCUUUGCUAGCGGUAUGACAGCCACUGGAUUCUGGUUGGGUAUCACAGUUGGACGGGUAGUUUUGGGGUUCGUGACCCCCCGGGUGGGCGAGAAAGUCGCAAUUUCGAACCGGACUGAUCUCCAACAGGUAUAUAUUGUGUGCUCGAUAGGAUUUGGUUUGGUUUUAUGGCUUGUACCCCAGUUCUAUGCGUCAGCCGUGGCAGUGUCUCUUCAAGGCUUCUUCCUUGGACCCCUUUUCCCUGGGGCAGUUGUGAUUGUUACCAAGCUUCUUCCUCGGCACCUGCAUGUCACCUCAAUAGGGUUUGUCGCUGCCUUUGGGGGUAGUGGGGCGGCAAUCCUCCCUUUUGCAGUCGGUGUGCUUGCACAAGCCAAGGGAGUGAAAGUGCUACAGCCAUUUAUCAUCGCCCUAUCUGGUGCCAUUCUCAUCACGUGGCUGGGAUUGCCACGGGUGGUCAAGGUCAGACACAAUGAAUAA